AGUCCGCCGCGCUUCCUUGGGCUCUCCGGCGCGCUCCCCGGGUGGGUCCUGUGGGCGCCUUUCCCCCUGCAAGGGCGCGCCUGCCCUCCCUCGCAUGUGGUUUCCAGCCAUGCUCCAAAGAUGGCGGUAGCGGCGGCCGGAGGCGGCGGCGGCGGCGGCUCCCGGGUGCUGCGGAGCGGCGCGCUGGAAGUUUUGGUGCGCGACCGGUGGCACCGGGUGCUGGUGGACUUGAGCCCCGGGGCGCUGGUGCUGAGCAGCGAGGACGGCGCCGCCGCUCACAACGGCCUGGGGGGCGCCCACGGCAAUGGGACCUUUUGCAGCAGAGCGGGGUCUGCCACAGCCUCCGCCGCCGCCUGCAGCCUUUCCGGAGCGGCGUCUCCGGACUCCCCGUCGGGCAGCCCUCCGUCCGGCUCGGUCGGGGUGCGCACGGCGUUCACCGACCUGCCCGAGCAAGUGCCCGACGCCGUCUCCAACCAGAAGCGGUGCGUGCAGGUGCUGAAGCAGGAGAUGGGCGGCCUGGGCAUCAGCAUCAAGGGGGGCAAGGAGAACAAGAUGCCCAUCCUCAUCAGCAAGAUCUUCAAGGGGCUGGCGGCCGACCAGACCCAGGCGCUCUACGUCGGGGAUGCCAUCCUGGCCGUCAACGGGACCGACCUGCGGGACGCCACGCACGACGAGGCCGUGCAGGCGCUCAAGAGGGCGGGCAAGGAGGUCUUGCUGGAAGUAAAAUACAUGCGGGAAGCCACCCCAUAUGUGAAGAAAGGUUCUCCAGUUUCAGAAAUUGGGUGGGAGACUCCCCCACCAGAAUCGCCCCGGUUGGGAAACGCGUCCAGCGACCCCCUCUCGCAGCUUUCUCUGUCCAUCCACAGAGACAAGAAAACGAUCCCUCUCAAAAUGUGCUAUGUUACGCGCAACAUGGCUGCCUCAGAUCUGGAAAACAGGCUUGUUGAAAUUCAUUCACCUGAUGCCAAGCACACUGUUGUCCUAAGAAGCAAAGAUUCCGCCACUGCCCAGGCCUGGUUCAACGCUAUCCACUCCUGUGCCAGUGAACUUGUUCCUAAGGUCAUCUCGGAGGUCAAAGAUCAGUUGGGUAAAACGGGGCUUGCAGGAGCCCGAGAGAUUAGACACCUCGGCUGGCUCGCGGAAAAGGUGCUGGGAGAAUGAAGCCCUGGAAACCCUAAUACUGGUUAUUGCUGGCCGGAGAAG